GAUAAGAAAUACAUGCAGGCAGAUAGAGAGAGAGAGAGAGAGAGAGAGAGAGGGAAACUGGAACCGUAUUUAAAACACACCAAACAGAGAGAAGGAAGGAAGGAGUGUUCUAAAAGCAAAGCAGCUCUAACUUAAACCUUUCCCUCCCUGUCCCUUCUCUCCCUCUCCCUCGCCCUUUCAAAGCAAAAAAAGAAAAAAAAGAAAUCGAAAGAGAAAGAAGGGAGUUUGUGAGAGAUGAAGGGAAAAGGAGGACAUGUGGGAUCCAGAUUUCCUUUGAGCUCUUGGGAGGUUGCUGCUGCUUCCUCUGUUCUGUUGGGAUUCGCUCUGGGUCUUUUGGGGGUUUACCUAACCAUGCCUGAAUCUGAUUACAGUUUCCUCAAGCUCCCUCGCACCCUUGAAGAUCUUCAAAUCCUCAGGGAUCACCUUGAAACUUAUACAAGUGACUACACUGCACAAGUCCUGGUGGGAUACUGUGUGGUCUACAUUUUCAUGCAGACUUUUAUGAUCCCUGGCACUGUUUUUAUGUCAUUGCUUGCUGGGGCUCUUUUUGGAGUAUUUAAAGGUGUAGCUUUGGUGGUGUUCACUGCCACUGCUGGUGCUUCUUCUUGCUAUUUCCUGUCAAAAUUAAUCGGGCGCCCACUUGUCUUCGGUCUCUGGCCUGACAAGCUUAGUUUCUUCCAAGAGCAGGUGGCUAGAAGAAGAGGAGGAUUGUUGAACUACAUGCUUUUCUUAAGACUAACCCCAACUUUACCAAAUACAUUUAUUAAUGUUGCUUCACCAAUAGUUGAUGGUCCUUAUCACAUUUUCUUCCUGGCAACCUUGAUCGGACUUGUUCCUGCUGCUUAUGUCACUGUUAAGGCUGGAAUAGCUCUUGGAGAAUUGCAAUCUAUAGGCGAUCUUUAUGACUUCAACUCCAUUGCCACUCUAUUCCUCAUCGGGAUUGUUUCUAUUACCCCUACAUUAAUAAGCAAGAGUAAAUCAUAGUGUUUUUCUGGAAAUACUUGCUUGAUGUACAUGCGUCUUCAGCCACAUAGCAGCCAAUACGGUGCCACUUCGUUUCCGUACAUCAAAUAAAUGUAAGUCGCAGCUGUCCCUGUUUGUGGAUUUCACUGUCAAAGCUGCAGAUGCCAGAGAUGAUGAUCUCGGGAGGAUGCCUGGCGUGCACAAGCUCAUUCACCUCUCGGGGUUAUUUAUUUGUACUGGAGUUGUGGGAUGGGUGGUAACCUGUAUAUUUUGAAUGCCUAAAAAGAAAAAAAGAGUAAUCAAUCUCAAAGAUAUGAAAAUCCUUUCUUCUAGACACAUUAAAAGGUCUUAACCAGAGAUUUUCUCCUGCUGCAGCC